UGUCACUUUGUUGUGUAUUACGUAUUCAUAUGGAGCCAGUCUGAUGUACGAUAGUCACUGCAGUCAGCUCAAAAGAGUUGAAGUUCACCACAAGAAGUAUUUCGAUUACUACCUCGCUAAGCGACAAAGUUCAUACACGGGGAUGUUUUAUAAUAUGAUAAACCAUGGAAUACAUGCUUGCUGCAAUAAUACGCCUGUCCAAUUUACUCCGAUUGAGGACGAAGAAAGAAGCAUCGAGGAAAUACUCUCGAAUAAGGUGAAAGCAAAUCGGGAUAGCGGCGUCUUGAACCUGUACUUUCCCGAGUUUGCCGACAAAACUACGAUGGAUGUUUACGAUGCAACAACACCGUUCAUUCGCCUCUCGAGGUCGCCUGGUCACGCCAUAGUUAUGGUCAAGCCAGACCCUAAAGAGCCCGUGUUUAUUGGGGAAAUCAUAGUGAAAUCAUGGGCCAUUUUGAUUUUUCUGGUAGCUUUCGCGUGGGUAGUAGGCAUUUUGGCGUGGAUGAGUGACCAUCAUGCGAAUCCGAAAGACUUUCCAAAUCCAUUUUACAUUGGUAUGUUUGAAGGAUUUUGGUGGAGUGUUGUUACUAUGACGACUGUUGGCUAUGGUGACAGAGCACCUAAGGGCAUUACUGCCCGGGUUUUGGCUGUGUUUUGGAUGAUGAUAUCAAUAGUUUUCCUUGCCUUGUUCACCGCCAACGCUACAGCCAUUUUGGCAAUCAGUCAGGCCGACGAAGACCACACUAUUACACUUGGAAAGAGGGUCGGCGUCCUAAACAGCAAGCAUUUCAUUGAGGUUGAAUUGAAUAUUGGAUCAACUGUUAUAGAAUAUGCAAGCACAUUAGAAUGGAUUCAGGCUGCGACGGAAACCCGCGAUGUAGACCGAUUGAUAUUUCCGAAUUAUAUGGAUUUCCUGGUUUUCGUCAAGGAUGAAGCGUACAAAGCCAUGCUGGACGACAAGUUCGUUCUCACAAAUGCCAUAAAAUAUCCUUUUCAAAUCGGCAUGGCAGUUGCUUUGGAUAAUGACAAUAUGACGACAGCACAAGAAUAUUUUCUUCUUUGUUUAAGAUAUACGUUUCCUACGUUGGAAAGACAGGCAAGAAAAGCUCUAGACAUGUCCAUGAUUGAAUUCACAGAGAAUACGCAAACGAAAAAGCUAAAGACAGCUUUGGAUGGCGACAACCUGUUGUUGAUGAGCUAUUACUUUUUUGGUAUAAUUGCUGUUCUUUUGUUAGCUGGAAUUGCUUGGGACUACUGGAUGCAUCGACAAAGAAUGCUUCAUUGGCACGACCCAGCUGAUCCAGUUAACGACCCUGGAAACGCUGGUGAUCAUGGCGAGUUUGAUGACGUAAUCAACGGCUCGCAAUCUGGUCAUUCAGGUGCAUACAGUCCGAAUAUGGAACUCUCUGCUACAGAUCACCCAGGGUAUGGUGUGUAACGUGCACGAGUCUCGCAGGCAUUAAAAUACACGCAAAAACAUCGAUUCUUGCAGGAACCUUUUGAGAUAUUUUUUUCACCAAGAUGAUUACCGUAUUCCAUAAUGUUGAUACUCAGACCUGUCUAAAAAUCGAGAUUCAGUGGCGUGACACGGCUGACGCGACGAAGACAAUAGAUAAUGAGAUGUUCAGCCUCAUCAAAACUCGGCUUCAUUAACAUCUCACUUAUUGUCUUAGUUUCAAGUGUUCUUUGCGGCGGUUUUUUUCUAAAUUUUCUUGCCUCGUAAAAUACUUUUGACGUAGUGACUUGCGGAUGUUGUGCUACGGUGUGAGAAAAUUCAUGUCAAAAACCAGUGAGCGCGAAAUGAUUCCAACAUCCUACAUUCAAAUUUGUAUCCAAUUUACACCCAAAACGUAUAAAAACUCGUUAUUUUUAAUGCCUGAAGGCUCGCGUGCGAAGCGCAUUGCCAAGCCUUUUUUUAAUUCUAUAUGACGAAUGAGAUAUAAUUAUAAAUCAUGCUAUUAUAACCUUCGAUAAUUAAAUUAUUUAUAAUUUAGUACAAUAUUUUGUAUAUAUGUACAGGUUAUUAAGAAUUAUUUGGCCUGAAA